GACACGGCCAACGACGCCUCCACGUUGUAUAGCGAAUUCGACGAGAUCUACGACAUGAACGCAGCGGGUGCACCAUUCACCCUGCAGUCAUCGUUCGAGCCCAUUAGUCCGCCCGGCUUGGACUUUGGCGACCUCCCCGUAUUUGCGGGUGCUUUUGCUCCUGCUCAGAUGGAAGAGAUCAACGCGCUCGACAGCGCUGAAGCACCACCUGCCCUCGAGAUCCCUGCUGCUCCGGGUCCUCUCGACAUCCCGGGCAUAGUUGUCGCCGAGAGCUCGCUUGCUCAGGACGAAAUUCUCACAGCGACUUCGGACCCAGCACGGAACUCUGUGGGCCUGGAGGAAGUAUUUGGUGAAGACGAGCUGCAGAUGCCCGCGGCUGCCGAGCCCGAGGUGAUCGUCGAGGCAGAAGACGACGACGACAUAAGGUCGUCCGUCCCGCCCGAGGAUAACAUCGACGUCUUUUCCGUGCACGACCCCAUUGAGGUGUUCGUCACCACCGAGUACUUUGUGGAGGAAGUAAGCACUGGAGGCCGUGGUACUGAGGAACCUGAACACGUCGUGUUGGAAGAAGGUGAAGCCUCUCCACACGCGGCACCGUCUGACACGAGCCGUGAACCCCUCAUCGAAGAGGCCUCUCCCAAUCCCGCUCCCGAGGACACCGAAGGAGAAGCCAGCGACCCCACCGCGAAGUCCGAGCAGCGAGAGGUGCCUGCCGCCCCCGCCGCGCUCGAGCGCACCCGCUCGUCGUCCGACUUCCCACCCCCGAUAUCGGCAAAUCCGGACGUGCCGGACCCCGCCAGUCUCUCCCACACGCCGCGCUCUCCCGCGAGCCCGGAGCCGGCGCGGUCGUCGCCCAGUGCUGAGGGGCACGAUGCGAACUCGCUCCCCGCGAACGCUGCGCUGCACCCGCUGUUCCGCAAGCUCGCGGCAGAGACACGCACGCGUAGCCCGAGUGGGUUGUUCACCCCGCUAACGGAUGGACACUCAGCUUCUGUUACACCUGAGGGCGAAUCGUCUCCUAAAACUCGUAGUGUGAGGAGUGAAGCACAGUCGGAGCCCAAUGAGGUUGUGGAAGCCGAGACCGAUUUGGUACAGGCCCCGUCCGACCUUCCGGAGGUAGACGAACUUGCCGAGGAGGAUGUCGAGCCUAUCGAAGAAGUUGUCGAACCGACUGCGGAAGACGUAGCAACUUCUGCAGAACAACUUGUAGAGGACUAUGACUCCAUCUCUAGCUCCCGAGAGGUAUCUCCAGAAGUCCCCUUCGUGAAGCCCAUUACUCAAGAUGAUCAAGCGGAGACCGAACGUCUUACAGAUAGCCACCCGGCAGACGAGAAUGGUGUAACUGCCGUGGACUUCGCCGCCGACCAACGUGAUGCCACUCCUGACACGGAUGUCGAUGCGGAUGCCGAAGGAGAAGAAGACCCGGAGUAUGCGCUGUCAGUAGAAGUCACGCCGGAGGCCACCACGGAGGCAUCGGAGAUGGCUACCGUUCCUGAGGCUGGAGAAGAGAAGGCGGAACAGAGCAUCGACGAAGGGGACGACGGGCGCGAAAUUAAGUCGUCGGUCGAGCCAGAACUCGUCAAGCCUUCUGAAGAUGUCUUACCCGCUCCUGAAGCGGCUCUGGACAGCGAACCUGCUGAUCAAGCAUUGUCGUAUCCGACCCCCGAGGACAAAGCCUCUCCAGUUGCCGAGGCUGCAACAGCUUCUUCUCCUGCCGAAGAGCCGGCCAUUGUUGAGGCAGACGAUGAGGUUCGGCCACUGAAGCGCAAGCGCGGCACGGCUGCUCCUGCUACGAGAAUACCCAGGCUAACGCGGUCGAAGACUUCACGCUCAGUGCAGAAUGCCUUCAUGGAUCACGUAGAGAAGAAAGUGGCCAAGACACGAGCAACGAAGGCCAAAGGCAAGGGCAAGAGAAAGGCUACAGCUGAAUCAGAUGAGGACGAUGCGGACAACGCUUCCGUUGCGCACAGCCACUCUACAGAGAGCACGUCCGGAGGUUCAUCCGCAGCCGCGCAGAAGAUGCUCGUUCCGAGCAGUCGCGGGACCUCUCGAGCGUCCUCUGUGGCCUCCAACGCUCCCAGCGCAUACUCUAGUCUCUCGCAGCCCUCCCCGACCAUCGAUCGCCUUUUGCCCAGUAACGGACACUAUGGCCCUCCGCCGCCGUUCAUCCACACGCAUGGCAUCCUACACCAUCAUCACGGCCGGCCCCAGGCCCCGGCGCCGGCGGCUCUCGUGGUCCAGAAACGGCAGCCGUCCGAACCUCCUGCGUCGUUGAGCGUCGUGGCUAAGCGUGCGUCCGCUGAACCCGGCCCUUCCUCGCAACCCGUGCCGUCUAAGGCCCCUGCCAUGAGUUCGACGAGCUCACCAGUCACUCGAUCGAAUUGCCGCUUCCAUACCGUCAGCGUCUUGAAGGAUGAAGACGAGGAAGAGGACGGCCCUCGCAUUCUCUUUGCUGUCCCCGGUUGCUCCCUCGGCGGGAACGCGGAGCUCAUGAAGGACGAGGAGAUCAAGGAUCAAGGAUACGUGAAGGCUGAGGACAUCCCGCGCCUCAUCCGUGAUGUCGAGUCCCUUAACUUCACCCCAUAUGUGGUCGGCAUCCUGCGCCAGCUCGUCGGCGUCGAUCUGCUCCGCGAACAGGAGGUGUUCUACAUCCCCCGCGCUGACGACGGUGUCAUACUCAAGGCAAAGAAGAAAUCGCAUCGCGCGAAGCUGAAGCAGAGAGAGUCCAUCAGCGCGCGCGCCUUCUCGAAUGGCGGCGUGUCUCGCGCGAAGGGCUCUUCGUCCAUGGCACCACCCUCCCAAGCGUCUGUGUCCACUUCCGGCGACUCGGUCAGCACCGCUGGAAAGCUGUCACAAAGAGGUAGUCUGGCGACGUCGGGAUCGCUCUCCGGCAGCGAUCUAAGCGAUCUGGAGGACGAAGCGCCGCCCACCAAGCGAGUUAAGGAGGUGCACGCCGACGCCGAGCCGGAAUCUGUCUCAAUGGAGCAGCCUCCGGAAGCAGCACCCGCCGCGUCCGAAGCAGCCAACGCUGAAGUCGCUGAAGAGAACGCUGGUCCCUCGACUGCCACGUCAAAAUCGCGCAAGCUGCAGCCGCGACGCAGCCGGAGGCUUGGUGUCGACGCUCUUGCCUACAAGCCGGAGGUUGCAGAAAGCGACGGGUCAGGGGAGGACGACGAGGCUGAGACGAAGAAGAAGCGGAAGAAGGGCGGCAAGAGGGGCGUGAAGCGCACCAGGACCGAGGAGAACGGCGAGGCACCGGCUGAAGAGGCCUCGGAGCAGCCCAAGAGGCGUCGCGUCCGCGCGAGCACGUCAAACGGCCACAAGCCUGCCGCGGAUACCGAGGAGGCCGCGUCUUGACGGGACUGAUGCAACCCAGUUGGACUUCAUAUUGCUGUUUUGUUCUGAGGAUCGUUAUUCUACGCAUUGAAAUCAUAUUCUGUAUCAUAGUCAUGUGCUCCACUGCCUGUCGGUUAUAAUUUGAAGGUUGAAGC